AUGGCAGAAGCUGUAAUCAUCAUUGCAGAAGCUGUAAUCACCAUUGCCGAAAGCAUCCUUUCUACGCUGAUUACUCAAGCACAAGAAAAGGUCGGAAAGUUAGGGGGCCUCAAGCAUGAACUCGAGGUGCUCAGGGGCACUAUCUCCACGCUUCGUGCUGUACUGGACCAUGCAGAAGAGCAAUACCACCAGAGUACCCAAAUCAAAGAUUGGGUUGAGAAACUGAAAGAUGCUUUCUACGACGCGCAGGACGUGCUUGAAGAAUUUAAUAUAGAAGCUAUCAAACAAGAACUAAGGGGCCACAAUGAAAUGAUCAAGGAGGUAAGGACAUUUUUCUCAAGUUCAAACAAGCUUGCCUUUGAACUGAAGAUGAGUAGAAAAGUAAGAGCAGUGAGGAAGAGAAUGGAAGCCAUUAAGGCUGAAAAGAAAUUCCACUUGGACGAGCGACUUGUGGAUUUACGAGCAGAGAGAGAGCGGAGGAAGAGAGAAGAGACGCAUUCGUUUAUACGUGAGGAAGACAUUAUUGGGAGAGAUGAUGAUAAAAAGAAGGUCAUGGAAUUCUUAAUGGAUUUGGAUGUGAAAGAGGAUGUUUCCAUACUUCCAAUAGUUGGUAUUGGUGGGCUUGGAAAAACGGCUCUUGCUCAAUUUGUAUAUAAUGAUGAGAUGGUUAGUGAACAUUUUGACUUGAAAAUGUGGGUUUGUGUCUCUAAUGACUUGGACAGGAAAAAAAUAGUGAAAAAUAUCAUAGCUUGUGCAAAGAAGGAGGAACCAAACGACAGUGCGAUGGAACGGUUGCAAAGUGAAUUGAGGAUAGCAAUUGAUGGAAGGAGAUAUCUCUUAAUUUUAGAUGAUUUGUGGGAUACAAAACCAGAAACAUGGCUCAGCUUAAGAACAUUAUUGGUGGGAGGUGCUAGAGGAAGCAAGAUCCUUAUAACUACACGCCUUCCUUUGGUUGCGAAGAUCACCUGCACUGCUCCGCCUCUUCUUCUAGGGGACUUAUCUGAAAGUGAAUCUCUUGAUCUGUUAAUGCAAAUGGCUGGUCGAAAAGAAGAGGGAAAACGAGAUCCUGACAUGCUAGCUAUCGGCAAAGAGAUAGUUAGAAAGUGCUCUGGGGUUCCAUUGGUUGUUCGAACUAUUGGGAGGUUACUAUUCCUUAAGGAAACUAAACGUGAAUGGUUACAUUUCAAAGAUUAUGGGCUCCCAGAAGUGUCUCAAAGGGAAGACCACAUAAUAUCUGUUCUUAGACUAAGUUAUGACCAUCUUCCUUCACAUUUGAAACAAUGUUUCGCCAUCUGCUCUUUGUUUCCCAAAGAUUAUGAGAUAAAGAAGCAGACUUUGGUUGAUCUUUGGAUAGCAGAAGGAUUUAUCCAACCAUCACAUAGAAGCCAGAAUUUAGAAGACAUUGCUCAUGGAUAUUUCAUGGAUCUACUCUGGAGUAACUUCUUCCAAGAUUUUCAAAGAGAUCCAAUUACGAAUGCGGAGACUUGCAAGAUGCAUGAUUUGAUGCAUGAUCUAGCCUGCUUGGUUGCAGGGACUGAGUGUUGGGUGGCAUGGGAUUACAUGAAACCCAUACUUGAAAGAACUCGUCAUAUAUCUCAUAAUUUAACUUCCAAUUUGUUGGGUAAACUUCCAAUCUCACACUUGAAAGCAAGUGCAUUGAGAACAUUUAUGUCUACUACUGGAAAUUGGAAAUUGAUACAAAGAGAACCAAUGAGUGAAGUAGAUCUACACCAACUCAUUCAAAAUUUCAAGAGAUUGCGCAUCUUGGAUCUACAUGCCACAAAUGUCGAGAAGGUGCCAAGAAUUGCCAAGCGGUAUAAGUAA